AUGAUUAAAGAAUAUCCCAAAAGUGGCGAAAACCUUGGGUUGUAUUGGACACGUGCGAUCGUGGUGAUGCUUCUGGGAAUUGUUGUGUACGUGGCGGUGACAUAUUGUUUUCAUGUCUACUACGACAGGGAGGCAGCGUUUCGUAAUGCUUUAACAUGUUCUAUGCGAUUUCUUGAAGAAAAUAAAAUUGUUUUUUGGUUACAAAACGGCACUCUUCUGGGAUCUACGAGACUUGGAAGGCUAGUGCUUUGGGAUGCGGAUCUUGACAUUGGUUUUAAGAGGUCAGAUGACACGGAUAAAGUUGUGGCAAUGAUGAAUGAACUCGAUUCUCGCUGCUUUGGUGUUGCAUCAACAGUUCGAGUGAGUCUGCAAAAUCCCGUAAGAGUUUUCCGAAAAUGCACGAAAAGAAUUUGCGCGGAAUUUCACGAGACAAUUGUUAAUGAUGGUGUCGUGAUUUCUGUUGAUGGAUCUUCACCUGAAAAGGAGCUCUUUCCCCUUCAAAGGUGUACAGUGGCUGAUGUGGUGAGUCACUGCCCUCAUAAUGCCCCGUAUUAUCUAAAGGAGGCAUAUGGAGGCGAUUGGCUUACUCGGUCAUUAACCGAAUUGUUUCAAUGA